AUGGAAGAGAAAUUUGAAGAUUGGAGAGGUGAAGAGGCAAACCCUGGCAAGCAUGGUGGGAUUAGAGCUGCUUCCAUUGCUUGUGUUGUGGAGAUGAUGGAGAAUAUGGUGUUCUUAGCAUGUUCAACUAACUUCAUCACAUACUUCACGAAGUCAUGGCAUUACCCAUCAGCCAAAGCAUCAAACAUGGUGACCAAUUUCACAGGAACAUCGUUGUUGCUCACUAUCUUUGGUGGUUUUGUUGCUGACUCUUUUCUCACACGCUUCACCGCUUUCGUCAUCUUUUGUUCCAUUGAACUCCUGGGUUUGAUCUUGUUGACCAUCCAAGCUCAUAUCCCUAAGUUACAACCACACGGAGAUAACACUCCUUCGACUCUUCAAUCAGUGGUUCUAUUCACCGGACUUUAUGCAGUAGCUAUAGGUGUUGGAGGUGUCAAAGCCUCUUUGCCUGCUCAUGGAGGCGACCAGCUUGAUAGUCGAAAGCAGGGACUAAUCUCAGGAUUCUUCAAUUGGUACUUCUUCUCUAUCUGCUUUGGAGGUUUCAUGGCCGUAACAAUUAUGGUUUGGAUUGAAGAGAACAAAGGAUGGAGCUCCAGCUUCGUUAUCUGUACCGUGAUUUUGGCCUCUGCUCUCUUAAUCUUCACUGUGGGAUUUCCUAUGUAUCGGUUCAAGCGUCCAACGGGAAGCCCUUUGACCAGAAUUGUGAACGUGUUUGUUUCUGCCGCAAGAAGCCGAAAUAGGUUUGUAACGGAAGCAGAGAUGCUGCAGAAUCAUAACUCUACCGGCAAAAGCAAUCAUCACAACAAAUUCAGGUUCUUAAAUAAAGCGAAGCUCAACAACAAUAUCUCAGCAACAGAAGUUGAAGAAACAAGAACGUUUCUAGCUCUCCUACCAAUCUUUGCGAGCACAAUUGUAAUGAACUCUUGCUUAGCUCAACUAUCAACCUACUCCGUGCAACAAGGCAUGUUUAUGGACAAAAAACUCUCGCAGUCCUUCGCGGUUCCUACGCCUUCUCUCAACGCUAUUGCUCUCUUAUUUAUGCUCUCUUCUAUAGCUUUCUACGAACUCUUUGGGAAAAGGAUCUCCCCAAGCAAUAACGAAAGGUCAACGAGCUUCAAUUUGAAACGCAUAGGAGCAGGCCUAGCUCUUACCUCUGUUUCAAUGGCCAUAGCAGCCAUCGUGGAAGCCAAGAGAAAAUACGAGGCGGUUCACAACAACAUCAAAAUCUCUGUGUUCUGGUUAGAGUUUCAGUAUGUUCUGCUGAGUUGCUCGGAUAUGUUGACUCUUGGAGGAAUGUUAGAGUUCUUUUAUAGAGAAUCUCCGGCGAGUAUGAAGAGCAUCAGCACAGCGUUGGGGUGGUUCUCCACCGCAUUAGGUUUCUUCCUAAGUACGGUUCUUGUGGAUGUAACUAACGCGGUCACGGGAUGGCUCGACGGAAAAGAUGUUAACGGCUCUAGGCUCGAGCUGUUUUAUGUGGUCCUGUGUGUUCUUAACACUCUUAAUCUUUUUAAUUAUAUUUUCUGGGCGAAAAGAUAUUAA